GGUGAAUGCUGGGCGGGCCACAAGUCCACACACAAUUACAGGGCCCUGGGAAAAGCCAAUAUCGGUGAGUGCAUUGGAGACGACUAUCAACCCUGCGGAGCCUAUGAUCGGUAUUGCAUGGGCAAGACAUUCACUAACAUGGUGUACGAGCUCGGUAAGUUAAGUAUCAAUGGUGAGCCAAAACCAAUACCAAAUGAUAGAUACUUUGGUUUUCCUAGAAAAUAUUGAUGCCUGACUGUUUUACAACCGUUACAUCACUCAAGGAUAGGGUCAAGGAUAGUUUUCUUUUACUCGGAAGCAGUCAUAACCAAACUCGCUGCAAAGGUCCCAUUGUUUCGACCCUAGGUUUUGCGAGUCCCUUUUUCUCAUCAAGAGGAGAGACGUCGGGAAGGAGUAGCCUGCACCACAGACAAAAGUAAACCUCUGUCUGCGAGCCAGCGCACAAAUCCUUGUUUUAGGUUCCCACCUGUGUAUCAGGAGUUAGUGUACGCGCAAUUAGUGACCUGUAAAAUAAGCCAAUGCCGAUUUGAUGAUUAGGUUGAAGGGAACUGAUUUGAAACGUGUCUCCGUUAACUCGCUGAGUCGGUUGGGGCCACAGAACAAGAAUCUCGGCAAAGCUUGACCGACGUUACUAGCUGAGGUUAAAUUACGCUUGCAACAUAGGCUAUCCCGCGCGAGGCCGGAGAGAGUCGAUGUUGUUCUGCAAGCAAACUAAUUCUCUGCACAGAAUAAUUACAGGUUUUUCUUCCCUUUUGAGCAAUUAAAUUUAUUCAAUAUAUACCGUUGGUUGUGUUCUUCGGCGCGAAUGAAAAAGAAAUCUCUUUCAGGAGCUUUUCUCAAAGUCUACCUGAAUUUCUCACUUUUUAGCCCAACAAAAUAAACAAAAAUACUGAUACGAUAUCGUUUAUUGCGUCAUGUUAGUGGACACGGAAUGUAGUCUGCAGUAUGAGAAAGUCGGCUGUUACAAGGACAUGCAUCGUUCCCAGCGACCACUGCCAUUCUUCUUAAUGAACGAUAGAGAUGUUUACCACCAGCAUUUCAGUGGGAAACUCGUUGAUUGGAGGAACUGGGAUGUAUACGUGCCAGAUUUGGCCUGUAGAUGUGCCAAGAAAGCAAAAGCGAAAGGAUGGACUUUUUUUGGUCUGCAGUUUUAUGGUAAGGAUUUUCACUGCUGUAGAUCAGUAGUUUUGCAUGUACUAAUCCGGCGCUUUAUAGUUGCAAAACUAUUGCCAAGGAACGCAAGCAGUCUCAUGCGUCGCUCAAAAACGUUCAUGCUUAAGCUCCCUAAUACAUCAAACACGAGACGCAGAAAUCUGGUGGGAAUUAAGACGAGUGCAGUAUUACAAUGGUCCAUCAAUUCGUGGCCGAAACAACCUUUCACAACUUUCUGCGUAUUCUUUUUCCGAAGUACGAUUCAUCGAACUCACACCUCACACCUCGUAUUGGAGGACUUUAUUUCCAUCAAUGAUCUUAAAACACUCUUCAAAAGCUUUUGCACUUAUCUAAACUAAUUUACUAAAGCAGGCCUCCUGCUUCACUUAAAAACGGCCUAAUGAAUUGAUGUUUUUUUUUUUCAGGGGAAUGUUGGAGUGGAGAAAAUGUUCAAAACACAUUUUCUGUAGAUGGCCCAGUACGGGCCUGUACAGACCAAUGUUUCCAGCCAUGUCAGACGUACAGUAAAUUUUGCGUUGGUCAGAAUUUUGCCAACUUUGUCUAUAAACUUAGUAAGUUAGAAAACACGUUUUUCCUGUCGUUUCAUCAAGCAUAAAGUUUCAUUUUGUGAUUAAAUGACGACACUGGUGGAAAAUGACGCGCAGUGCAGCAUUUUCAAAUAAUAGAUUGCAAGACUUACAAUCCUUUAAAAUACAUUCUCACUAGCAAAACUCUCUAAUUCAUCACUGUGAUCGUCAAAGGCUCUUACAAUUGUACCCUACUGAGCGUUCUUUUUUUUUCUAUAAGGAGAACAGGAAGAGACCGAGAAGGCUUGAUGCUGGUGUCUUGGAAUUUAUUAAAAUACUUUCACAUACCGUCGUGAAAAGCAAAGCCAAACGACAACGAUGUGAAAUGGAGUUUGUCGUUGACUACGAAUUGCUAUUGACGCCCCCGCUAGUUGAGUAGAAACGUUUCGUUUUUCUUGAAUGUCUUUUGCUUUCACAGAGGAGAAAGAUUGCGAAAUAGAGUUCAGGCCUGUCGGGUGUUACAAUGAUGUGAGAGAUUCACGAGCACUGAGGGAGGAAAUCUACAAUGAAGUUGACCCCUCAAGUCCAGUAUUUGGAGGACAGUUGAUUGGCAACUGGACCGCAGACUUCCCUGUGUUCCUUUGCAAGUGUGCGCGGAUUGCGAAAGCCAAGAGAUACCAGUAUUUUGGCGUGAACAGCUUUGGUAGGAAGGAAAUCACUGAAAUGAUGUUAUGUUACCUUGGUAUAAUAAAAGCGACUUCUCGAGUUCUCCCAAUCCAGGGAGUUGAAACCAGAUGCUUUUAAGGAAACUCGUGGGUGGCUAAUGCCAUAAAGGUUUAAGUAACAAACAGUCAUCCUGCAUAUUGCAAGGGCUGAACUCUCAGUAGUAUCAGUAGGUGACAUCUUUCCAAUGAUCAUUAAAUGCGAUAGAUUAGCAGGAUUUUUGUCGCAGGAUGUUUAAUGGCCUUAGCUCCCACGAGUCUCCUGUAGCUCAGAGCAUGUGGACAAGUAAGCUGAAAGAUAUAGAUACUCAUGUUGGGGAAAAUUUGAAUAUAUUUUUGCGAGUCCCUUCUAUUAGUAAAACUGGCUGAAAACAAAAGCACCAUUCUCAAGUAUUCACCAAACCAAACUGAUUGACCAUAAUUAGCUUAAGCAAUAACAACGGCUCUGUUAAUAAGACAGAAACAAAUUGAAAAGUUAUUGAGCGAGGAUUUUGCUUCGACCUGCUCGGACGUUCAGAGUUUUGCUAUAUCUCCCCAAUGUUUUAGCAUUUUUUCCAAGCAACACGUCAUAUGAUCAUAUCAACGUUUUUGUUGAGACUGUGAACACACAAAGGCAACAGCUGAGUUUGAAUCCUUAAUAUUCCCAUUCUUGGAAAUUUCGUUUGCAUACAGAAAAAUCAUAGAAUUUAUUGGAACAAUUACAAAGUAGUCUAAGAAGAGGUUAUCAGUUCCUAGACAGGGAAGUUUUCUAAGCUUCGUGAUAAAGCUUAGAAAUGAAAUGACAUGAUUAUCGCAUGAGUAUUUUCGAAGCUAAAGAGCUUUUAUGAAGCUAUGACAGGGGCGGAUCCAGGAUUUUUUUUAGGAGGGGGUGCUCUCGUCUCUUGCUCUACUUCAACACCAAUAAAGCACAUAGUUUUUUUUUCUGCGGAAUACCAGUUGUAUUAGAAAACCGCAGGUCAUCUCAGGGGGGGGGGGGGGGGGCGCCCCCCCUCCCCCCCCCCCCAAAACCCCCCCCUGUUGGGGGUGCUUGUUUUUUGUUUGGGGUUGUUCCUUGGGGGAAAAAAAGGGGUUUGCUUGGUUUGGGGAAAAAGGGGGGGGGUUUUUAUGGUUUUUGAGGGGGUUUUUGGGGUUUAAUGGGGGGGGGGGGGUGCGCACCCCCUGCACCCUCCCCCUAGAUCCGCUCCUGUAUGAGGUAGCUAGUUAUCUGUAUGGAGUUGUCCUUUGGAGAUAAUAAUGGGAUUGACUAGUUUAGGGAACACAGGAGGAGGUUUUUAUAGCUAUUAGAGAGCGUUUAUGAGCUUAAAGAUACGCGUGAAAGCCCAGGUCUAUGGACCCGUUUGUUUUGUCUCUUACGCCAAAGACUUAAAUACUGUUUCAGGUUCCUGUUGGAGUGACGAGGCAUCGGAGGGCAGAUACAACUUACACGGCAUAUCUUCCCAAUGUUACGAAGGUGAUAUCAAAGGGAAAGAAAAUCCGCCCCAGUGCCCUGUCGGUUCUAAGCUUUGCUCGGGUGGAGCUGUAGCCAGCUAUGUUUACACGAUUAUAAACCGCUGA